GAUGUCAAGGAGUUACACAAGGCAGGGGCAUGAGUUUUACAACAGGGCAGUUUCUCAAGUGCAGAUGAGGCUUCACGCCCUUAUAACCACGCCGACUGUCCACAUCUGUAGAGCUUUAUUGCGACUUUGAAGGAUACUGUGACACUACAUAUUUCCAAAUCACUAAGAGGCUGUUUUGCUUUUGUCCACGCCUUUUCUUCCAAGUCAAUUGACAAUCCGUGAGAGAAACUGGAUUUUUCGCGCGUUACAAAACACACUUUGGGUUGAGAUUGGUUUACAUAGCGUGUUAACCGGAUUGUGUCGCUCGUUUCUAACAAAUAUCCGUCUGUUUUUCGUCUGGUUGACAAUCGCUGAGUGUUUUCGCGCCCACUACUCACCCUGAAGACAUCUGGGGUCGGUGAUAUUUCUGCCACACGAGACAACCCUUACAACCAUGGAGUUAAGUUCAGUGAUUUUGACAACUGGGGGUUCUGCGGUAUUAUUCACGCUCGUGAAUCAUGGAAUAGGUAAACUUCCCAUGCCUGAGUCUGCCCACAGAAAUGCCUGGAAGUGGAGAAACACCGCGACCUCCUUUGUACACAGUUUUGUUACUGCAAUAUGGUCUGUGCUUUGUUUUUUUCAUCACCCUCAGAUGGCGGAGGACUUGAUAAAAACCUUCUCUGUGUUAUCUCAUGCAUUGGUUUCCUUUUCAAUUGGUUAUUUCAUCUAUGACUUUUUUGACAUGUUGUUGAACCAGAAGCUCAGCAGCGCAUGGGAACUUCUCUUUCAUCAUACUGUGGUGAUAGCUUGUUUUGGCCUCUCUGUGAUUUCCUGCAACUACGUGGGCUUUGCUGUGGUGGCCCUCCUGGUAGAGAUCAACUCUGUCUUCCUUCAUCUUCGGCUGAUGCUGCGAAUGGCCAACAUAGCAGUGGGCACAUUGUACAGAGUUAACAGCAUUAUCAACCUGGGCACUUAUGUUGUGUUUCGGAUCAACACUCUGGCAUGGAUGACCCGCUGGCUGGUGCUCAACAGGGACAAUGUUGCUCUUCUGGCCUACACACUGGGCAGUGUGGGCAUGGCCAUAAUGACUGUCAUGAAUAUUGUCUUGUUCUAUCGGCUACUCAGGAAGGAUUUCUUGAAAACAAGCACUCGUGAGCCAAAGAAGGACAAAGACAUGUAGGUAAGAGUAAAGAUGAGGGGAGUCAUACGAAACAUUGGAAUCAUAUGGUCUUGUGUGGCUUGGCAUAUGACACCUUGCUAAUGGAAAUAAGCAAAAAAAAAAACUCUGAUUCAUAAAUCUUCUAUAUUUCAUUAAUAACUGCGGUACAGUUAUCCUUAAGUGCCAUUUUUAUUCUGAACAAUGCAUGGCCUUGCAAUACACCAACGCCUUACUGUCUUUAAGCUAGAUCUGUACUAAUGGUAGCUUUCUCUGAAGAUGCACUGUGUGUUCUUGAAAUUGAGUAACACCUCUAGCCUGUUUUAACUUCUUGAACCAUUAAUUCAUAAAAUCAGCUAAGCUUAGAACAAGCAUUUACAAAUGUCAUAUUAAGCACUAGCACUGCACACUAUAUUCCUCAAUUAACAACCGCCUGCUACCUCUGAAAACCUGUAGCAGAUAACAGUUUAAAUGUAUUGUAUGUAUCCUCCUUCUUAUACACACACCCAUUUGUUUUGAUCAAACCAUCUUUAUACAUAAAUACUACUCUAUUAUUGUAAAGGAGCAUGGUUUAUUUCUAACCACUUCAUUUUAUAUAGUUGGAAGCAUGGCUACUUCUCAACCUGACUAAAACUGAAGUAAUGCCAAUUAAUACUGACUAGACUCUAACUUUAAAUAUGAUACUUGCCAAUAGAAAUUCUGGCAUAAAUUGCUGAAAAUUGCACAAUAUAUUCAUGCUUAGCAUUUAGUAUUACUCACAAUUUUAGUGGCAUAGUUUGUUCUGUCAAUCAAGGAGAUAUGUGGUUUUGAAGGAAAAAAAAAGUAGGUAUAAUUAUACAAUUACAAUCCACAUAGGUGGAAAUCGGAGGGACCUGCCUGACCUGUGAGCUCGCCUCACACCAAAACUCACUGAUAGGAAGCUCUAUGACUGUGAUUACACUUGAAAUCUUAUUAGUCAGGAAAACAAACUCCAAGGCAGAAAGUAGUGCUGCCAUCAUGCACUCUUAUUGAAGCACUAUUUUUUUUACAUUAGAGCUAGGCUGGGCAAUGUGAAACAAAACCAGUUGAAUCCCUGUGACAGUGUGCUAUUUUGGUCAUAUUGUCUCAUUGUGUUUCGGUGUUUUUUGUUUAAUGCAGUAAUGUGCUCAACACUUUUCUUCUCCUACUCCUCCUAGGCCAAAAGAAGAAUUACCUUUAUAUAGCGUAAUAAUAAAUAAAUUCUGAUGAAAUCAAAAUUGUGAUUUAUGAAAAUCAUGUAAGGAUUUUCUUCAAAUUUAUUGCCUAUCAAACACUUUGGUUAAUGCUCCCACCCAGAUCCAUUUAAAAACAGUAACAGUUAUUAUUAUUCAGCUGAAGAAAACAAAUAUAUUACAGUAUAUGCCGUUUCUGCAAGAAUGCUUAUUUAUUUGUUAACCAUAUCACAAGGCUCUGGAUGCCAUUCAUGUUUGGUAUAGUAGUUGCUAUUGCACUUUUUUUUGGAGGAUACAGCAUUUCUUAUGUUGUAAUUUAUUUGCCUAAAAUUUGUGGACUAAACGGUUGCUUGUUGAAAUUAGUUUAUUCAAAUGUAUUUGGCAUGAUUGUUUUUUUGUUUUUUUUAACCACAAUUUCCAUUACUGUAUUUGUUUUUGCCCUUGCCAAAGCACAAGUCUUGAAAUCAGAACGUAAACUAUUAAGAUAAGUUAAGCAGCUGAUGAUGUGGUUUUGUUGCUGCUGACAGUUGAUAAAACUUGACACUUAAGACACCAUUGAUUGAAGAAACUGCAUUGUGUAAUUGUGAUAAAGAUGUGCUCUGCUAAAUUUGAGUAAUUGCCUUAAUAAAAUACAUUUGUAUUGUGAAUGUAUUGUUUUAAUCAUAUUUAAUGGCAGCUUAAUUUUGUUGUAUUGUACUUCUGUUGACAAUGAAGACUUUAAAUGGUUGUAAAUGUGUUUGUACAUGGCUACUACAUAUGGAGUUGGAGUGAUCCAUAUUUGUGCUGCUGUGGAAUAACACUGUUUCUAAAGUGUUGUGUUAAUUAGCAAAAGAUAAAUUGAGUAGUAACUUGCAAUUCUUCACCAUAUAUUUUACAGCAUUGUAAAACUUGUGCUACAGUGUGUAUGUAUGUGUCUCUCUCCUGUGCCACUUGUAGACCUGUGUAUUUCAUCUGCAUUUUGCCUGUCAGCACAAAAAACAAACAAACAAACAAAAAAACA